AUGGCAGUGACGGACAUGUGCAAAUUCGCUUUCUCCAUCGGCAAGCAUUAUGCGAGCGAAGUUCUUUGUGAUGUGGUAGACAUGGAUGUAUGUCAUUUGAUCCUUGGAAGACCAUGGAAAUACGAUGUUGGGGCAAUCUUUGAUGGUCGAGCUAACACAUAUUCCUUUGACUGGAAGGGUAAACGACUAAGAUUGCUGCCCCGAAAUCCUGAUCAGGAGGCUCACAACGCUAAUUCUAAGGCGUCGCUAGUGGCUAUAACUGGGAAGGUAUUGUUAAAUGAUUGGAAGGAGUCUUCACAUUUAAUGGCACUGAUUGUCAAAGAGCAAAAUAACCCACCUGAGGGAACUACCAUCCCUGAUUGCGUUAAUGCCCUUUUAGAGCAAUUUGCUGAAAUUGCUCCACCGGAGUUGCCAAGCGGUCUGCCGCCAAUGAGAACAAUUUAG